AUGCCGCCGGGGUGGUGGAGUGACUUAGAAGACUCACCACCCAGCGACUGGGAGGCCUUCGUCUUGGAGCUUCCCAGCGCCCGGGGCGGGCGGUCACGGAGGCGCCGUGGUCGGGCUGCCUCCGGAUCGGCCAGACCUCCAGCUACCCAGCCAGCGGUUCCCGGCCCUGCUUUCGAGGGGACUCGACUGGCCAUCUUUCGAGGGCCCGGCCCGCGGGGGUCCCGCCGGUCCCGUCCGGCUGCCCCGCCGGGUUCCCUACGGCUGGGGUCCACGUUCCUGUCUCCGGCCCAGCCGGGUUCCCUACAGCUGCGGUCUGUGUUCCUGUCCCCUGCCCAGCCCAGACAGCCCAGCCCUGCUCGGCCCGCCGUCCCUCUGCAGGAGCCGCCUGCUCGGCCCGCCGUCCCUCUGCAGGAGCCGCCUGCUCGGCCCGCCGUCCCUCUGCAGGAGCCGCCUGCUCGGCCCGCGUCCCUCUGCAGGAGCCGCCUGCUCGGCCCGCCGUCCCUCUGCAGGAGCCGCCUGCUCGGCCCGCCGUCCCUCUGCAGGAGCCCCCUGCUCGGCCCGCCGUCCUCUGCAGGAGCCGCCUGCUCGGCCCGCGUCCCUCUGCAGGAGCCGCCUGCUCGGCCCGCCGUCCCUCUGCAGGAGCCGCCUGCUCGGCCCGCCGUCCCUCUGCAGGAGCCGCCUGCUCGGCCCGCCGUCCCUCUGCAGGAGCCGCCUGCUCGGCCCGCCGUCCCUCUGCAGGAGCCGCCUGCUCGGCCCGCCGUCCCUCUGCAGGAGCCGCCUGCUCGGCCCGCCGUCCCUCUGCAGGAGCCGCCUGCUCGGCCCGCCGUCCCUCUGCAGGAGCCGCCUGCUCGGCCCGCCGUCCCUCUGCAGGAGCCGCCUGCUCGGCCCGCCGUCCCUCUGCAGGAGCCGCCUGCUCGGCCCGCCGUCCCUCUGCAGGAGCCGCCUGCUCGGCCCGCCGUCCCUCUGCAGGAGCCGCCUGCUCUGCCUGUUCCGCAGGGGCCUUCGCCGCCUGCUCUGCCUGUUCCGCAGGGGCCUUCGUCGCCUGCUCUGCCCGCCGCUCCCCGGGAGCAGUUUCCUGCUUCGUCCCGCGCCCUGGAGAAGCCUCACGCUUCGUCCCGCGCCCUGGAGAAGCCUCACGCUUCGUCCCGCGCCCUGGAGAAGCCUCACGCUUCGUCCCGCGCCCUGGAGAAGCCUCACGCUUCGUCCCGCGCCCUGGAGAAGCCUCACGCUUCGUCCCGCGCCCUGGAGAAGCCUCACGCUUCGUCCCGCGCCCUGGAGAAGCCUCACGCUUCGUCCCGCGCCCUGGAGAAGCCUCACGCUUCGUCCCGCGCCCUGGAGAAGCCUCACGCUUCGUCCCGCGCCCUGGAGAAGCCUCACGCUUCGUCCCGCGCCCAGGAGAGUUCUCCUGCCCAGCUGGGUUCCCUACGGCUGGGGUCUGUGUCCCUGUCUCCGGCCCAGCCGGGUUCCCUGCAGCUGGGGUCUGUGUCCCUGUCUCCUGCCCUGCCCGGUUCUCCUGCCCUGCCCGGUUCUCCUGCCCUGCCCAGUGCUCUGGCGCCCCCUGUAGCUCUGGCGCCCCCUAGUGUUCCCUCGUGCUCCAGUGUUCCCUCGUCCUCCAGUGUUCGCCCCUCCCCCGGUGUCGUCGCUUCCCCCAGUGGUCGCCCCUCCCCCGGUGUCGUCACUUCCCCCAGUGGUCGUCCCUCCCCCGGUCUCGUCGCUCCCCCCAGUGGUCGUCCCUCCCCCGGUGUCGUCGCUCCCCCCAGUGGUCGUCCCUCCCCCGGUGUCGUCACUUCCCCCAGUGGUCGUCCCUCCCCCGGUCUCGUCGCUCCCCCCAGUGGUCGUCCCUCCCCCGGUCUCGUCGCUCCCCCCAGUGGUCGUCCCUCCCCCGGUCUCGUCGCUCCCCCUGGUGUCCAUUCUCCCUUUGGUGUUCGUCCUCCCAACCGUGUGUCCGUGUGUUCCCCGGCCCCCCUGUCUAAUUGUCUGCCCGCCUGUUUGUCUGUUAGUCUACCCGUAUGUGUGUCAGCCAGUUUGUUAGCCUGUUUGUCUGCCCCCCAGGCCGUCAGCCCAUCGGCCAACGUGUUUGCCCGCCUGUCUGCCUGUCUGUCUGUGUGCCAUCUCUCUCUCCCCGACUCAGGCGCUGGAAUCUUUUGCUUUGCUUUGGUUUGUAACCUGGUUUGCUACCUGCUUGUUUUGUUCCUGUUUCUGCCCGUUUUUCCAGUUUACCUGUUGUUUGCCUGCCUGUGCCCUGCCUGCCCUGUUUCUUCGGUGGUGGCGGCUGCAGUCGGGGGGGCAGAUUGA